CCUUUUAUACAUUAUUUUGGGGACUUGUCUGUUGCUAGAAUCUUCCAGAAAGAUUAGCUGGCGUAUAUAAAAGCAAUCGGAAUUCGCGUGCGGACUCAGACUCAGUUGAGUAGCGACAGAGUACAGAAGCGGUUCAGAAAGCGAUUAAAAAAGUGUGACGGUGUAAUUAUUAGUGCUUAUUUAUUGUGUGAAAUAUCCAUAUUUUAUCAAGAAUAAUGUCUCUUCUGCCAUAUUUUUUGAAUGAUCCGUGGGACAACUUAUUGAGACCAUCUCGACUCCUUGAUCAACAUUUUGGAGUCGAGCUGGAUCCAGAGGAUCUCCUGGCGCCUAUGACGCUAUCCAGGCCCGUGAAGAACCUGAUCUCUGGUUAUUUGAGACCCUGGAGGACCUUAGCAGCGGAUAAAGAUCUGGGAUCCACUGUAAAAUUCGACAAAGACAAGUACGAAGUAAGUCUCGACGUUCAGCAGUUUAAACCGGAUGAGAUCAAGGUGACCGCCGGUCAAAAUAGCAUUACCAUCGAAGGAAAUCAUGAAGAGAAAGAGGAGAAUGGUGGAACAGUCUCCAGACAUUUUGUUAGAAGGUACGUUUUGCCAAGAGGAUUGGAAUUGGAGAAGGUAGAAUCAAAAAUGUCUUCGGACGGGGUACUGCAGAUCACGGUUCCCAGGAAAGAAGCGUUGGAAGGGGAUGAAAAGGUUGUUCCUAUCCAGCAAACUGGCCAACCCGCGAAAGCUGUUGAAGAUAAGUCCAAGUCCAAAGAGAAGAAGAAGAAGUAGAUAUAUUUUCCAAAUUACUUAUGAAGUUAUGUUAUUAUUAAAUUCGUUCAGUAAGACUG